CGCUGGCCAGCAACUUUCAGUUUCAGUCUCUCCGUUUUUCUAAGAGCCCAAACGCUGCGGAUGCCGCUGGCUGGCUGGCUGACUGGCUUCUUCAAAGUGGCCGACGAGGCAGGAGCGAAAUAAAAAUUGGAACAGCUCCGCAAGUGGAGUUUCUGAGUGCGAGGAGCCACAGAGGAACCGCAGACAGCAUGAGGCUCACGUUGGCCUGGCUCAGCGUCUGCCUGGCGAUUUAUUGCGGCGGUGGCCAUGGCCAUGGCAAUGUGGUCCUAUCUUUGCCACCAUCGCUUAUCGCCUCGGCCACGAAGGCGGCCUUGAGCCACCAACAACGGCAGCAGCAGCAUCAGCAGCAUCAGCAGAAAAAGGAUGCACGCGUCCUGUUUGACAGCCCCAGCGAUGCACUGCGCGAUAUGCUGCACACCGGCCCCAUGAAUUCAGCGAAAUUCAGCCUGCCCGACGUGAAUGUGGAUGUGGAGCAGCAGCCGCAGACGUCUGACGAUUUUAAUCGAAACGCAGAUGAUUUAGGGGCCAGGCAAUCAGCGCCGCAGGAAAUGGCAAUGCGAAUGGGACUGGGAAUGGGACCGGGACUGGGGCCCAACUAUCGAACCACGCCCCCUCACCGGUAUUGGGGCAAUCGUUGCCAGAGCCGAACUGGUGCAUCGGUCAAGUGUCCGCAGGAAUACUAUCGCACCAUGCUGGCGGCCAGGAACAAAGAGGCUCUUGCCCGCCUCCACUUGCAGCUCAGUUCGAUGCAGGAUUCUGACUCAGAAACUAGCUCCUCCAAUUCUGAGGAGGAGGUGGACGACGAGGAUCAGAGCAACAAUGAGGUCUUUAUGCUACUAACCGGCGAACAGGAUCUGAUCAAGUUCCUGCACUGGGCCAUGCAGCUUCUGUAUCCCAUUCGGAGUCCUUCGGGCAAUCUGAGUGAUGGCGCCGCCGAUAGCUACUACCCCGGAAUGUUUCUCUGGAAGAAGCUGAACCUGUCCGGUCAUUUGGAACCACCACUAAUCGUGGAUGAACCUCAAUACGUGUUAGUAAGAAGGGAGAAGCUCUUCGAUGGCUACCAUUUGGGAGAAGAGAUGAGCAAGGAGAGCGACCCAUUUAUACCGCCUCGAGGCCGCAAGCACAACUCGCCGGAUCUGGACGCCCUGAUGAACCGGUACGAGCCCUUCGUGCCGAAUCGCGGCAAGCGCGACAAGGUCAAGGAUCUGUUCAAGUAUGACGACCUGUUCUAUCCGCACCGCGGCAAGAAGCACCGCAACCUCUUCCAAGUGGACGAUCCCUUCUUCGCCACCCGGGGCAAGAAGCUGCAGCUCCGGGAUCUUUAUAAAGCCGACGAUCCAUUCGUUCCGAAUCGCGGCAAGCGGCAACUGACAGGGAAAACCGCGGAGCGGGUGGCGGGAAAUGGAAAAUGGCCAGAGCCUGACAGCGACAACAACUGGCCGCAAAGAAUGUCAACGCAUAAAAUUAAUGGUUACGAUCAAUCAGUCAGGCCAUCACUGUCAAUGGAGGAUGCUGCUUCUUGGCGACUGCCCGCUAAUAGAUUGCACUCGACAAGAUCAAUGUCAGCCGAUCAGCAGCAGCAGCAAUUGCUGUUGCCCCAUGUCCGCCUCAUUGGCAAUCCGAACAUGCGCCAAGUGCAGGUGAAAACAUCAUCUUGGCCGGCAGAAGAACGCCUCCGGAGAUCCAUCCUGCCCCGGGGCGCCCAAAACGAUGCCCACGAGACACAAUUAACGCAAUCGCACCCGGCUAAUCCCCAUUUGGACACCGAUUCCGACAAUUUGAACAUUUAAAUGCGGCGAGCGAUUUUCGGCUUCGGUUUGGUUUCGGUUUUUUCUGUUUUUCAGUUUUCGGCUUGGGGCACCAUUUUCCUCGACUCAUGUAGACAGAACUAUAUGGCACACAAUAAAGUACAGCAUGCAAUUGAUUUUGAGAGAAAUCGAAUCGAAACGUAGCGAAUUGAAGGUUACGCUGGUCAGUUGCCCUUGGGACGCCUUUCAAGAACUGCACUGGCAUAAAAUCUAUAAGAAAACGCUAUUUGAAUGGAGAACUUGAGUUGUUGAUAACAUUUUUAUUAUUAGGCAUUCGGAUUACGAAUUACGUGCUAUUACCAUUGCAAUCACAAUUGCGGUUCUUUAUCUUAUCUUUAAAUUUUUGAUUAAAACAAGGAACUGAAAGAAAGAAUGGUCUCGAUAGCAUUUACUUUAAAUUUUAUCAAGCCUUUUAUCAGUUAUCAAUUUGCUUAGAUAUCAUUAAAUUAAUUAUUUAUGGUAAGUAGUAGAAACCAAGAAUUGUUUCAUUGAGCACGUAAAUGUAUCUAUAGAUUUUAUAACCUUUGUUUUGACCAACUCUGGUGACAUAUAUUUUUCCCCGUGUGUUCUGCGAAGGUCUCGCCUCGUUGCCCUUGGCGAUGUUGCUGCAGCGCGAGUACUGCCUAUUUUAAUUGUAUUCAUUGGUUAAUUUAUCGCUAAAUGCAAUCAGCAUUGUGCCGGGCUGCGAGUCUAGACUCCGUUGGAGCCGCAGAAAGGCAGCUGCAGACAGGCGGGCGUGGCACGCAGUUGAUGCCACGGCGGCGAUAUACAGGCAAGAUUGUAGAACAACAACUAGCAAGCAACAACUCGGGCAACAGCUGCUGUUCGACGGCAAAGGUCAAAAUAAAUAAGGGCCAUGUAAUCCCCAAAACGCACAUCAAUCACACGAGUUUAGCUUAUUAGCCAAGCACUGAACCUUAAAAAAAGGGAGAUACAGUGAUUUUUAAAGCCACUGUGAACUGAAAUUUUCCACUUCAACCGAUUCCUGACAUUGACAUUGACCACAUCGACAUCAACGUCAAAAUAUUUGGUAAGCCAGCGGACCAGCUCGCUUUGUUUUUGAACAAAUGACCAUUGAAGGUCAUAGCCAGAUCCAAAAACGGGCAACAACAAAUUGGUUAAAUAAUACCCAUAUGCUCUUCCAUCUCCAUCUCGUUUUGGCCUUUUUUUUUUGUUUUUUUGGUUUCUGGUAGCCUGACGUCCGAGCGAUCGGUCUAAAAUCCCCCGAAGAUCAUUAUAAUUUCAAUGGCACUUCAUAUGGAGUGUGUAUAUGCAUAUAUAUGUAUGUACCUAUGUUUGGUUAGAAGAAUGCAAGCAGACCAUAAAUACUACACAUUUUCUUUCCGUUCAACUCUCGGCUGGGCAAUGACACUUGAAGUGGUCAAUUGUCGGUUGUCUCACGUGCAGCUUUUCAGAGGCAAAGGUAGAGCAAUGCGUACAUCGGAGGGCCCAGUUUGAGUUAGGUAAGCUUAGUGCUAAACAGCUGUGACAGCUUCAGAAGAAAUCCCACAGAAGCACUCGCAUACCAUUCUUACAUAACUCAAAACAGAAACCUUUAAAUACAACAUUUAUGAACAGGCCUUAUUGGUUAACAAUUAUGUGUAGGUAGCUUAAAUGUCAGUUAGGGUGUAGUUCUUUUUCAAUUUGUAAAUAAAUGUCUUUAAAAGUUAAUUGAUUUUAGUCUGGGUAGCUUGAUGACUCGGUCUGUGGGUUGAUGCUCAAUCAAUUACUGAAAUUCUUUUAUUAUUUUAACUAUUUAAGGAAAGGCAUAUUGUUUUUAUGGUUAACCUAGAAUAUAUUAUUGAAUGGAACAAAAUUGCUUUAAAAUAAUUGUAUUAUGUUAAUUAAAGGCAGGUAUGAAUCUAAAGAUUAUAAUAAUUGCCUUGAAACUAUAAUUUUAAUAAACAAUUGUUCUAAUCCUUUUCAUUGUUGAUUAGAAAUUAUACGUCUUCACCAAAACUAUUACAUUAGUCAUGCCAUGAUUAAAAAAAAUUGAUUUUCAUUGGCUUUAAAAACUGAAAAACUCCAAAGGAGCAGGCUACUUUGUGUCACAUUUGGCGAGCGGCUAGAGAAAAAGAAAGUCCGGGCUCAGAAGAGCAGUCACACAAAACGCGAUUCGCAGUUGUGAGCUUCGAUUCGGCAUCAGCAAACUGGCUCAAUUUCUGUGGCCAAGGCCUUUUGGUGGCUGCUGAUUUGCUUGUCGGAAAAUAUCAACGCAUUGUCAGCGAGCCGAACUUGACAACUGGCAACAUGCAAUGCUGCAACAUUGCUAAGCUGCAGCAGUGCAACAGUGCGACACUGCAGCAUGGCAAACUCUGCAACUGCAAUUGUAACGCGAUCAGCAUGAGUAGCUGGCAGCCUGUGACAGCGGCUUAAUUGCUGUCUGCAAUUAUGAUUGCUGCCGGGGGUGAAAUUGUAGAAGUCUUCGCUUCACUUUCGUUUCGAAGCAGAAGCACCAACUUAUCAGCUUCUCACACAGUGAUUUUCUAUCCAUCCAUCGAUUUGUGACUCCAUUUGGCAUCAUCGGGCCCGUGGGAUUUGCUUUGUUUUGCCAGAGCAACUCCUGGUUGACAAAAAUAGUAACGUGCAGGCAGGCGCUGCCUUUUAUUGCCAUUUGUUUUGGCCCGUUCGCGAGUUUGACGUUGACAAAAAAACGUCAUUUGCAAAUUGGGCAAAGACAACUUUCUCUGGCGGCAGCUGCGCCGUCGCAUUUGCAGUCACAUUCGCAUUUGCCAAGUGACAGAGCCAUUGCAUAAAGCCAUAUAGAUAAACCAAAGGCAAGUCGUCGCCCACAUUCAUUAACAGCAUUCGCAUAAUUGGCUGAAGCAGAUACUUUUUCUGGGUUCAUCGAACCGCCGCAGCCAGCCAGACCCAAAAAAUGAAAAAAAAAAAAAAUCCAAAGCCUACUAUGUAGCCGAGAAACAAUCACAGGGCGCAGCAGCCUUACGUCUCAAUUUCCCAUCGCCACUUUGUCAAUAUCUAUAAUUAAAAUCAUUUGAGAACACACGCAAGCCAUGCGCCUGAUUAAUCAGAUUUUCGAAUGGCAGAAAGGCAAUAUUUAUACACGUUGUCAUGCUGAAAGCUUGAUUGAUGCAUUAAGCUUACUUAGCCAUAGUCGAUGCUGACGAGCGCCAAUUAAUAGCUGCUUAAACGGGAAAACUCUGCCUCAGCUAGUCAGCCAGCCAGUCAGCCAGCCAGCUUGUCCAUGUAAAAUUAUGGAAAAUCUGCGCAAAAGCCAGCGCUAAUUGAUGCAGGAAGCGCGACGGAAAAACGAGUUGCCAUCGCCUGUCAUAUAGAUUCGCUUCGUUUCGUUUCGGUGCGUCUUAAAUGGGUCAGGCGGUGAUUACCGCCUCCACUAACGCAUUUCAUAACUACACUUGGAAAGUAGAUUCCAAGUAUAUUCAAGCGGGGACAAGUUUUUUCUUUUAAUUAACUGUUUCAUUAUUGUACCAAAAUAAUAUUUG